AUGUCGUCCUUCAGCCCGACUCAGAUCUUCGCAGAUGGCACGACCGAGGAGAAGGGCGAGAACGCUCGCCUCUCUGCCUUUGUCGGCGCCAUCGCCGUCGGCGACCUGGUGAAGAGUACGCUCGGCCCCAAGGGCAUGGACAAGAUCCUGCAAUCUGGCUCUACCGGUGAAAUCAUGGUUACAAACGACGGCGCGACUAUCCUCAAGUCCAUUGCUCUCGAUAACGCUGCCGCGAAGGUGCUUGUCAACAUUUCCAAGGUGCAGGACGACGAAGUCGGUGACGGCACUACAUCCGUGGCCGUCCUCGCCGCCGAGCUGCUGCGCGAGGCCGAGAUCCUCGUCAACAAGAAGAUCCACCCCCAGACCAUCAUUGAGGGAUACAGAUUAGCAAGCCAAGCUGCCCUGAAGGCGCUGGAGAACGCUGCCGUCGACCGCAGCAACAACCCCGAGGCUUUCCGCAAGGAUCUGGUUGCCAUCGCCAGGACCACGUUGAGUUCUAAAGUCCUCGCCCAGGACCGCGAUCAGUUUGCCGAACUCGCUUGCGAUGCUGUUCUGCGCCUGAAACAGUCAUCGGACCUUAGCCACAUCCAGAUCAUCAAGAAGGCCGGCGGCAAGCUCAGCGAUUCGUACCUUGACGAAGGCUUCAUCCUCGACAAGAAGAUUGGUGUCAACCAGCCCAAGCGCCUCGAGAAUGCCAAGAUUCUCGUUGCCAACACGUCCAUGGACACGGACAAGGUGAAGAUCUUUGGCGCUCGCGUCAAGGUCGGUUCGACGAGCAAGCUGGCCGAGCUCGAGAAGGCGGAGAAGGACAAAAUGAAGGCCAAGGUGGAGAAGAUCAAGGCACAUGGCGUCAACUGUUUCAUCAACAGGCAACUGAUCUACAACUGGCCUGAGCAACUCUUCACAGACGCCGGCAUCAUGUCGAUUGAGCAUGCCGACUUUGAUGGUAUCGAGAGGCUGGCGUUGGUCACUGGCGGCGAGAUUACUUCCACUUUUGACCACCCCGAGCAGGUUCAGCUGGGUCACUGCGACCUGAUCGAGGAGGUCAUCAUCGGCGAGGACACUCUGGUCAAGUUCUCUGGCGUCGGCGCGGGCGAAGCCUGCACCAUUGUUCUGCGCGGUGCGACCGACCAGCUGCUGGACGAGGCGGAGCGCAGCCUGCACGAUGCCCUAGCCGUGCUAUCACAAACAGUCAAGGAGCCCAGGACAACGCUAGGCGGCGGAUGUGCCGAGAUGGUCAUGGCCAAGGCUGUUGAAGGCGCCGCCACCCGUGUCGAGGGCAAGAAGCAGAUGGCUGUGUCCAGUUUCGCCACGGCGCUCAGGCAACUGCCGACCAUUCUUGCCGAUAACGCGGGUCUGGACUCGGGUGAGCUUGUGGCACGUCUUCGAAAGGCCAUUUACGACGGCAUGACGACCUAUGGCCUUGACCUGAUGUCGCCUGGGGGUGGUGUUGCUGAUAUGCGGGAUCUCGGCGUCGUGGAGAGCUACAAGCUGAAGAAGGCGGUGGUGUCCUCCGCAAGUGAGGCGGCAGAGCUUCUCCUCCGUGUCGAUGACAUUAUUCGCGCAGCGCCGAGGAGGCGGGAGCGCGCUUAG